GGCACUCCAUAAUUGACUGGUGAUAACGUAAUGGGUGAGUCACAUAUCGGUGUAUGCGUAACAAACAACGGCAGAUUAUAAUGACGUAGUCGUAGAUUUCAGCUGAUGGAACAGAUAGACAUGUAAUAUUGGGUCAUAUUACACUGUUGCUACAUAUGCAUGCAAGUCCUGUCCAUGUGGUAAGAGAUUCAUUCCGAAAGGCCAUUGAUCUGUGAUGUUUCUUGUAAAGCAGUUAGUCCUGUUUUAGUUCUCUGCUGCACACUGAUUGUACAAUGGAAUCUAAAGGUACGAGCUUGUUUCUUGAAUGCAGUCGAAGGUGAUGAUACUUAGGUCUUUGCACAGUCUGGGUACAAGAUGAAGCGUACGUCAUCUGGGUCUGCUGCCCAUGAGCAGGAGGUAUCUUCCAAUCGAAGGAACGUUCCAACGAGACUGAGUCAGGCAGCUGAGAGUAUGGCUCACAGGAGACCUCCUCUGCUCCUCAAUACCUCACAGUCGUCGUCAUCAUCGUCGGACUCAGCCGACUCGCCUGUCAUUGACGGUACCCCUCCCAUCAAUCAAGAGAGGAAUGUUCCAGACUUCGAAUUUGAUAGGACUAGAAUGACAAGUGGUCCGGCAAUGCCAGGGUACCCUGGACCUCGUCACCGUCAGGGGACGAGUCGCACAAUGACUCCUAUGGACUUUGCUAGUAAUUUGAGGAAUGGUUCUUUGCAUCACAGCAGACAAGUGGCUUCUUCAUCUCAAGCUAGUCCUACUCCUAACCUCAGAAUACCUCACCUGGCAAACGUUCCUGUGACGAACCAACGUACCAUGCUUCAUGCCAGGCGUAUGAUGGAGCGUCGCACUUCACCACCGUCCAAUGACGACAACUCUUCACUCGCAUCUGCAGCCGAAGGGAUCAUUGCAGCCGAGGGGAUAAUGGCAGCUGAGUCAGCAGCAUUGACAUCGCUCCAAUUGCGGAUACCAGGAUUGCCUUCCUCAUCGGGAUAUCCAUCUCCUACCACAUUCAUCUCCUCAGAAACCUAUCCUUACCCCUACCACAACAUGACUACUUCAACCUUGUCUCCAUCCUCCUCCACCACCUCUUCAUUCCCUAGAGACCAGACCCAGUCCUCACAAACUGUUCCUUUGAGAAAUGGGCCAGGUUCCUCCAAGCAUACUGCAGGUACAUCUACUCUGAAGCGAGCUGGUCCUUAUUUGCUGGGGCCAAGGCUUGGCACAUCGCCUGUCCGAAGCAUUGUCCAAUGUUUAGCCAGGAAAGAUGGCAGUGAUGACUUUUAUUCUUUAAAGAUUCUGACUUUGUCUGAGAGUGGACGAGAGAAUCAGGAUGAAAGACAAGGGAAAAUGCUCCUACACACAGAAUACUCCUUGCUGUCUUUGCUAAGAGAUCAAGAAGGGGUUGUACACCACCAUGGACUCUUUCAGGACCGUGCCUAUGAGAUCAGACCCGAUGCAUCCAGCAGUGGAAGAAAGACGUCUUACAAGAAGAGGUUGUGCCUUGUCUUGGACUGUUUGGUGUCACAUGACUUCAGCAGUCGGACGGUGGACCUUGUUAAUCUCCAGCAUCAUGUGAUUCAUGAGAAGAAGUUAAGUGAGAAGGAGGCCGUCUAUAUCUUUCAUGAUGUAGUCAGUAUCGUGGAGAGUCUACAUAAGAAAAACAUUGUUCAUCGUGAUUUGAAGUUGGGCAACAUGGUACUCAACUGCCACACACGCAAGAUAACUCUCACCAAUUUCUGCCUCGGCAAACACCUCGUCAGUGAGCAUGACCUUCUCAAGGACCAACGAGGGAGCCCUGCUUAUAUCAGCCCAGAUGUAUUGAGUGGAAAGCCCUACUUGGGUAAGCCAAGUGACAUGUGGGCACUGGGUGUUGUACUGUUCACCAUGCUGUAUGGUCAGUUUCCAUUCUAUGAUAGUGCCCCUCAGGAACUCUUCAGGAAGAUCAAGGCAGCAGAGUUCACCAUUCCUCAAGAUGGGCGUGUUUCUGAGAAUACAACAGGUCUUAUCAAGAGUUUGUUAGUCUUGGAUGCAUCCACCAGACUUACUGCCUCGCAGGUCAUAGAGUCUGUCAAAACUACAUUGGCCAUGUGGAAAUCAAUGGCAAUGCAAGGUGAGCAACUUCAGGUGGUCCCUGACAUCGACCAUGGCGACAGCGAUUCACCGGUCACCAAGAAACCCUGCGAUUCUUCAGCGACAGCAGCGGCAUCCUCGUGCAGUAAGGCCAUCCCCGCUGAUUGGGAACUAAAGCUGCAUCAGAAGUCCCAGCCAUCUCCCGUCGUCACCAACUACAGGGCUCCAAGGUCUCCCCUCUCGGCCCAUCGCCAUCCUCCGGUAAGGCAGUUCAGUCACGAUGCCCAACCUCUCUCGGCAGCAGAGGCAGCUAUCUUCUUCAAUGCCCGGUCAUGACAUCGUUUCUGAGGCCAUCCUCUCAUCAUUUGUUGAACUAUGAAGCACAUUUGCCUAAAUUAUCAUCCUCUGUUGAAACAGCUCAGUGAUGAUGUGUAGCGUCUUUUUGAAGCUGAGGUAGCAAUCUUCUUAAAUACUUAGUCAUAAAAUUGCUUCUGAUUCCAAGUUCUCUUCUUCUAUGCGUUGAUCUAUGAAGUGCAUUUGCCCAAAUCAUCCACCAUUGAGAAGCUCAGCGAUGAUUGCGCAGCGCAUUUCGAAAGCAGAGGUUGCAAUUUUCUCAAUUUCUUGGUCAAGAUAAUUGUUCUUUUGCAUUUAAUGCAUCCUGUGCUAUGUAACAUUGUUGCACAAAGCCACUCCUCUCAGCCACCUCAGUUGUAAUGUACAUUACCUCUCGGCAGCAUUGGGAGCCAUCUUCUAAAAUUCUUGGUCUUUUUGAUAAUUACUUCACUAAUUUUGCAUUUAAUGCACCUUUGGCUCUGAAACAUGUCGGCCUUGAGCUGCUCCUCUCAGAAAAUUGCUCCAAGGUCUCCCUCCAUACUUUGUCAGGUUUGCCACAGUUCAGAUUCAAAAUGAUAUAAUUAUGAUUACAAUUCCACA